AUGGACGUGGACAAGUUACUUGGUCUUGCAGAAACCUUCGAGACAUGGGACUGCUUAAAGUUCCGGGACAAGGAAUUCUUCGAAUCAAGCAGUUACGAUGCUGUGCAGCAGGAUUUGAACGUCAUACAGUUACAACGACAGACAACCCGGACCAUGAUGAACAUGAAGAGGAUACAUUCCUUCCUGACUGGCAUGGCACAUCUCGAGAAGGUCCUGGUUGCCAUCAGAUUCGAGCAUUCCUCAAAGGUCAUGGCCUAUGUUUGGGGUCCGGUCCGAUUUAUCCUCAAGCUUUUUACCGCACUGCCAGAGAGCGAAGGAUGUCUGGUGUACGUUUACCGCGAUGUUCUUACGUUCCAUCGGCUGGCCUACAAGCUCUUCUCCCUCCCCUCCAACUUGUGGCAGAAACUGUACAAACCCGCCUGGAAAGCAUUGGACCAUACGUUCGAGCACCUGGCAGCCUCACUGGAAAGACAUUUGCGCUUCAUCCAGACGCAUGGAUUAUCUCUCCAAGACCCUCAACCGAACUUGGACCAACCUGUCGGAUUGGUACGCGUGGAGUCUGGACUGAACAUGACUCAAGACUGGGAUGAUGUCAAGAUGGAAUUCUACCGCUAUCGCAAUGAUAUCAACCGAAGUCAAGACGAAUUUGAGGAAAAGGAGAAAGCAAGGAAAGAAGAAGAAAAACGAAACGUCAUGGCAUGGAUCUCGGCCUCCAGAAACACGCUAUUGCUUCAUAGGAAGUUCCGGGAUGCGAGAAUAUGUCCCGACACUGGCCGUUGGCUCUUCCGGAGGUAUGGUGAGAUCACUGACUGGAUGAAGGAAGACCAACCGCCAGAGUCGAUGCUCUGGCUCCACGGUAGCAAGGGAUUUGAAAGAAAGAAGUACGCGAUCCCACGCGAGAGCAAGACGUACUACUUCUACUGUCAGGAAGAAGAUCUCGAAAAUCGCACCUACCUUGAUAUACUCAAGGGCAUUCUCCAUCAGAUGGUCGAUGCCAACGAAGACCUCUUGCCCUUCUGCGCCGAAAAGGCUGCGUCAAGCGGAAGCGCCAACCUGGCAAGCCCCGAAAUUGCUCAAACACUCAUCGAGGCCUUCUUUGAGUACAACUCCAGGCAGUACAUCAUUAUCGAUGGACUUGACGAGUGCGAAACGCUGGAAGAAAUACGCAAAACUGCAAACUUCUUCAUGCGGCAGGUUACAAGGUGCGACAACGAGAUCAAACACGGCCGUCUGAGGGUUCUAUUCAUGAGCCAGCCGGUACCGGAGCUAUCCGAGGACAAAGCCAUGCCGGAAGAUAUCGCCUACGUGGAGCUCAAGUCGACCGACAACGCAGACGACAUCAGGGCUUAUGUAAAGAAGAGGAUCCCAGACUUCUCCGAGAAACGCGCCACAAGCAGUGGGUUUAACCUUUCUGACGGCGACAAGGGGCAAAUUGAGAGCAUUAUCUGCCGUCGGAGCGAAGACAUGUUUCUCUAUGCCCACCUGGCCAUCGAGUAUCUUCUACAGCAGCCAACAAAAGAGAUGCUUCUAGAGAAGAUCAAAGAGGAAAUGCUACCCAAGAAACUCGCACAGAUAUAUGAGAAGCUUCUCGGCGCAGUCAAGACUGAGUUAUUGCAACUGGCACAUGGCGAGACCCAUUGGCAGAUGGCUAAGCUCCUUCUGGGCUGGCUGGUCUGCGCAAAGCGGCCCCUGAAAUGGUACGAAAUGCAGUCUAUCCUGUCUUAUGAUCCGGCUCAACAAAAGGUGGACUUCGACAACAAGAUGCUUCGGCAAAAUGCCAAGAAGUACCUCGGGUCAUUGGUGCACGUCCUGGAUGGCGGUCAUAUCCGGAUCAUUCAUUCCACAGCACGGCGCUCGUCAAACGGCUAUGACGAAGACGAACGUCGAGGCAAGGCCAAGCUGGGUUGGUUCUCUUUCCAAGAUUAUGCUUGUUCUCAAUGGCAUAGCCAUGUUGCCACGGUUAUUACGGCGUGUCACGGGCUCUUUUCCGAUGGGCAUCAUGGCCAGAAGUACGAGGAGAUGCUGGGCUCUGCGUUGCAUGAUUUCAUCGCAACGCAUCGCGGAGAGCUCACUACAGAGCCCCACGACGACUUUGAACAGAUAUCUUCCGAACUCGCCAGGUUCUCGGAGCUCUCAUUCCACGGAAAUCUCCUGUUGUUGUGGAACCAUAUCUAUAGCCAUCAAAAAGGCCCAUACGAUGCCCGCAACACCGUUGGCAUCGCUCAGCUCGACAAAGCCCUCUUUGAAAACCGAUCCACGCUAGAACAGCACUUCAGACCCAGCUCACAAGCCUGGCUUGAGGACACCAUCGAAGACUACUACGGCCCCAAUCUCUUCAAGUGCAAGCUCGUGCUCUGUAAGUUCUUCUACCAAGGCUACGACAGGCUGAAAGAUCGCAAGACGCACGACAGCCGCCACGCCAGGCCGUUCCUGUGUCCGGUGAACUGUAGCCUUGCUCCGAUCGGUUUCGUCACCAACAAAGAUAAGGAAAGGCACGUGCGGACAUAUCACCCCGACCUGGGUGAAGGCCCAUCCGUCUUCGAGGCUCUGCGUCCCAAGACUGGGUCGUCGCAGUUCGCCUGCAACAUGUGCGGCAAGAAGUUCACGCGGAAGAUUACUCUGAAGGGCCACGAGAGGAGCCAUUUUGGGGAGCGCCCGUAUAAGUGCUCGAUUUGCGACAAGCCAUUUACGAGGUUGAAUGACUGUCAAAGGCAUGAGAAGAUUCACUCGCGGGAGAAGACCUACUCGCGGAGAAGGGAGAAGACUUACUCGCGGAGAAGGGCGUAA